AUGUUCUUUCCCCGUUCGGAGCUGGCAUACACUCGAUGCUAUUGCGAAGAAAACAUAUACAAGCUCUGUGAAUGGAUCAAGGAAAAACAUGAAAACGAAAUAGAUAACAUAUUGGUGGUGUUUAUCAGCAAUCCUGACCGUCGAGUACCACUUUGGGAGCAGUCGAGCGCUGUCGAAGGGAAUUUUGUGAUUUGGGACUAUCAUGUUAUCCUGCUGCAAUGCGUGGGAGACGGUACUGAUGGUAUCGUAUAUGACUUCGACAGUCGCCUACCAUUUCCAACGCCUUUUCGUGACUAUAUUUCACGAACAUUUCGCCCUAAUAUAGAUUUAGCAAGCGCAUUCAAAAGAUGGUUUCGCCUAAUCCCGUGCAGGAAUUUUCUUCGAUAUUUUGCGUCUGAUCGGUCGCACAUGCUCCAAGAUGGAGAAUAUAUCAUGGCACCACCAACUUACAAAGCCAUUUGCAUCCCAGGUGUACAAAUGAAUCUGGAUAGAUACAUUGACAUGACACAGAACGGCGACUCAGACAAAUACGGAACUAUACUGAGUGAAAUCGAGUUUUUCACUUACUGCAGAUCCGACUUCAGUAACUAACAUUAAUAACCAGGGACACCAUGUAAUCACUUAAUAUAAUUAAUAUACCAAUAGCAAUGUAGAAUAGAAAAUCCCUCCACCUAACUCAUGUGCGAUAAAACAAAAGAUUUCCAAAC